AUGCAUUCUUUCGAUAUCCAUUCUUCACCAACCCUGCAACAGUACCGUAAAUUUCAACUUAUGGCUAGUGGCGCUGGACCCACAUUUACAAUCAAGGGUCUUGCAUCAAUCACGACUAAAACUUCAACAACACAACCCAUAUUCAUUCAACCUUCGCCCUCGUCGUCGACGACAAAGUAUUCCGAGAAGAUGGCCGCCACUGAUCCGAGUCCGACUCUGAAGUUUUUGACAGAUGCAGGUCAUCUCUUAGCCUUUACGGCUCCCGAGACGUCGGCAUAUAUCCUCAGGCAGCGAAAUGACUUGAUGUUCGAGCAUGAGAUUCCUCUUCCUGAGGUCCAACGACAGCAUGUUUGCACGGCCUGUGGUAAUAUUUUGGCUUUCGGCGAGGGCAGUGACCUGGUCUUCAAAAAGAACAAAAAGGCAGUGAUCAAAAAGAAACAGCAAACACCUCCGGCACCCAAGGUCGAAAAAGCGAAAAGGCAAGAACCUCGGUCAUCUGGCCCAACCAAGCGCAUCGAGUGUGGCCAUUGCUCUUCGAAAAUCGAGAUCAAGCUUCCGGCUCCGGCUCCCAUCAUUCGCCGUACUGUCAAACCGGCCCACAAGGUGUCCAAGACCACGGCACCGGGAGCGGCCCCAUCUUUGCCCAAGACUUCAGGUUCACACGAGACGACAUCCUCUCAGAAGCCAGCGUCCAAUGCGAACAGCAAGAAGAGGGCCAGGUCUCGAAAAGCGGGUCUCCAAGCUCUGUUGGAGCAAUCCAAAAAUUCAAGACCUUCGCCUGGGUUGAGCCUUGCCGACUUCAUGUCGAAAUGA